AUGGGUUACAAAAUAACUAAUAUCUAUUUCAUCACCACAGUGGCCGUCAUUGGCGGCGCACUGUUCGGUUUUGACAUUGCUUCCAUGUCCGCCAUUCUCGGCACCCAGCAAUACAAAUGUUUCUUCAAUCAAACUGGCACCAACGAGGACGGCAAGUGCGGUGGCCCCACAUCUGCCAAUCAGGGUGGUAUUUCAGCAGCUAUGCCUGGUGGUUCCUGGGUUGGCGCUCUAGCUUCCGGUUUCGUGACUGAUUAUCUGGGUCGCCGUGGGGCAAUCCAGUCUGGCUCGUUGAUAUGGUGCAUCGGUAGUGCCAUCGUGUGUUCGUCUUUUGGAAUCGCCCAGCUUGUCGUUGGCCGCUUCAUCAAUGGUGUCUCUGUCGGUAUCCUUAGCGCCCAGGUCCCCGUCUAUGUUGCCGAGUUAGCCCAGCCCAGUAAACGUGGCCAGGUCGUGGGAGCACAGCAGUGGGCAAUUACAUGGGGUAUCUUGAUCAUGUUCUACGUCUCGUACGGCUGUAGCUUCCUUGAAGGGACUGCUGCGUGGCGCACUCCAUGGGGCUUGCAAAUGGUUCCCGCCGCUCUGCUCUUUGGAUUGGUCUUCUUAUUGCCGGAGAGUCCUCGUUGGUUGGCCAAGCAGGAUCGCUGGGAUGAGACGCUCGAGGUUUUGGCUUCAGUUCAUGCUAAAGGUGAUCGGUAUGCGCUCUUCGUGCAAUCUGAAUUACAAGAGAUCCGUGAAAUGGUCGAGUUUGAGCGCAACAACAAGGAUGCCUCAUACCUCGACCUUUUCAAGGGUCCUAUGCUCUACCGAACGCACCUCGGUAUGUUCACUCAGAUUUGGUCGCAGCUCACUGGUAUGAACGUCAUGAUGCUUUACAUUACCUACGUGUUUGGUAUGGCCGGUCUCACUGGAAACUCGAACCUUGUCGCAUCUUCAAUUCAGUACGUCAUCAACGUGGUGAUGACCAUUCUAGCUUUGCUCUUCAUUGAUCGUUGGGGCCGUCGAACUCCGCUUUUGGUUGGUUCGACACUUAUGAUGGUGUUCAUGUUUGCCAACGCUGGCAUUAUGGCAUCAUACGGCAAGCCAGCUCCACCGGGUGGUCUCAACCAUACCCCCGAACAGUCAUGGGAUCUCUCCGCGGCCCCCAAGGCUGCCAAGGGAGUUAUCGCUUGCACUUACCUUUUUGUCGCCAGUUACGCACCGACUUGGGGUCCUGUCAGCUGGAUCUACCCUCCUGAGCUUUAUCCCCUUCACCUACGUGGCAAGGCUGUCGCACUUUCGACGUCGUCUAACUGGAUCUUCAACUUUGCCUUAUCCUACUUUGUCCCUCCCGCUUUUGAAAACAUCAAAUGGAAGGUUUAUGUGGUAUUUGGAGUCUUUUGCUUUGCAAUGACUGUCCAUGUCUUCUUCGCCUUCCCAGAAACUGCUGGCAAGACCCUGGAGGAAGUCGAAACUAUGUUUACCACCCCAGGCCUUAAGCCCUGGAAGACCUCUGUGCAGUACCAGCAAGUUCGCAGGCUGGAGCAGGGGGCGAUUCAAUCAGACAAGUUGGCCGAUCUUCGCGCAGAAGAAGGAACCGCCGAGGCUCCGAAGUCCAUUGAAAAAGAGACCACCGUUUUGCAAGUUGAAUAG